AUGAAAAAUCGUCAGCGUCGGUGGAUGCUGGAUGGGCUGAAGCACUUAGGAGCACCCAUCGUGUUCGCCCAGCUCGUGUCCUUGAUCUUUGCCGUGGACGGCUUGGAUUGGUCAUCGCCUGGUCAGCAUGUUGAGACAUUUGCUGGAGCCAUGUCAGUGACGCGCGGAGAGUGGCAGGUUGGUAGGAAAGCAACCCCACUCGACAUAGAGAUCGACCCUGUCGGCAUGGAUCUGACGACAGACCAGGGAUUCGCGAACGCUUUGUUUCAAGUAGCAAACUUGGAGCCUGGUUCAGCAUCGAUGAGCGCGCCUGUUUGCUCGACAUUUGUGUUCAUGAGCUUCGGCUCACGCCUGCGCAGCAAACUCAACCCGUUGGGGAAGGUCGACCUGGAGUGCGUCCGCGUGGGCAAUUUGCUGGCAGCGCGUGCAUGCGUACUGUGCCUUUUGUGCGCCUGUGGUUUGGUGGGUGUUGGAGCAGCCGGCCAGCUCCACACUGGAGUACUUGCCAAUCUUUCAAGACAUGGUGAGAAUGAUCCCAUGCAGGCGCCUUCACAUCUUCAUGAGCCAUUACGGCGGCCCUACAAAGAAGCCGACUUACCUCUAUUCCAGUGA